UCCCUUUUCUUCCAAAGAUAUUAGACGUCACUACAGGAGAAAAUCCCGCCCGGGGCAAGAUAAAAAUUCUAAAACCAAACAAAGAAGGUUAUCUUAAAUUUUAAUAUAUUUAUAGUGUUUUCACUCUAAAAUAGCAUAAUCUAUACACAGAAAACAAACAACAUUAUGUCAUACUUCUUAAAUGGAUAUCAAUGAAAUUAUGUUAUAAUUAAUAUGCGUGACAUUAAGUUAACAAUAGUUUUAAAUAAUUCCCAGUAAUAGGGGCAAUGUCCCCUUUACCCCCCUGCGGGCGAUAUUGGGCAUCUAUGAAACCUAUUUCUACAACCAGACGGACGCCUACGUUCAAUCCGAAAUGGAUACCGACGCCAACGCUCACCUCGAAACCGAUAACGUUGGCGACGUCCUAGAAGCCGACGACGACGACGACAUCAACGCCAAGACCAUCCUCAGACAACAGUUGUCAUUACCCAACAAUUAUGAGUCAAACGAAGAAGUAAAUCACCAACCACCAUCAGCUACAGACUCUGACACUAUUUUUCAAAGAGAAAUAGUUGAUAAGGAUCCAAAAGAUUCUACGUAUGGUGAUGGAUUUGAAAUAGACCAAGUAUUUGGUCCAAUAUUAAUAGGAGAGGAACUUUAUUACCAUCUCCAAUGGCGAAAAGGCAUUCACUCUGGCGUAGGCGUACUUGAGGCUACUACUAUUUAUGAUAAAUGGCCUGAUGAAGCGCUCACGUUUUAUCAGAAACAUUAUAAAGAAAACUGA